AAGACUCGUCCCUGCAGAGCAGCCCUCCUGCAGGCACAGCCAUGGCAUUCGACGGCACUUGGAAAAUUGACAGAAAUGAGAACUAUGAGAAGUUCAUGGAGGCAAUGGGUGUUGGCAUGAUGAAAAGAAAGCUGGGAGCCCAUGAUAAUCUGAAGAUUACCAUCCAACAAAAUGGGGACAAAUUUAAUGUCAAAGAAGCCAGCAACUUCCGAAACAUAGAGAUUGAAUUUACUCUGGGAGUCAACUUUGAGUACAGCCUGGCUGAUGGGACUGAACUUUCUGGUACUUGGACCCUGGAAGGAAAUAAACUUGUGGGCACAUUUACCAGAAAAGACAAUGGAAAGGUACUUAAAGCAACCAGAGAAAUCGUGGGUGAUGAACUCGUUCAGACCUACGUAUAUGAAGGAGUUGAGUCCAAGAGGAUCUUCAAGAGGGGCUAAGCACUUCACACAGAACUGCACCAGAAUGAAGGAACAAUAAAAGACCAUUUUCUACA